CACUCUCCCUCCCCGUGACGUCACCAUCAUGGCAACAACAGCUGCGGCCGCUGCAGCCCGAGCCGUGAUCGGAAGACUCGCGAGCCUGGUCCGGGGGCAGCGCAGCACGGAGCGCGAGGACCGGCGCGGGGGCGCGCUCACAGCAUGAGGCUCCCGGGGGCAGGCCGUGUGUGACCGGUUCCCUGCACGUGACGCAGAGCUGGAAACAGUGAGACACGUCCAGCUCUAGUGAGAGGGGAUAGACAGAGAGCUUGUCUAUAGGGAAAUACUUCUAUUGGGAUUUCUAUAGCAGAUAUAUGUACAGAGAUAAUAGGCUGGCCUAUAGUAUUGUAUAGAGUGGUUAUAAUGCACAGAGACAGUCUAUGAGUGUUCAGGGGGGAGGUAAUGUAAAUAUAAAUCCCCUGUGUAGAUGCAGUGAAUGUAAUCCCGUUUAUUUUUAGCUCGCACCUUGUGGAGGGGGGCAGUGAGUGAAGUAAGAGGGGGGGUUUGGUGCCCUGGGCAAGGGGGCGAAACCCCAGAAGAUGUUCUCCCUGCGCCUGGUGACCGCGGAUUAUUAUUUGGCUGCUCCGCUUCCUGGCUUGGAUGUCACCAAAUCCCACUUCAGAGACUGCGAUGUACGAAGAGUGCCUGUGGUCAGAGUGUUCGGAGCCACCCCUGCAGGUCAGAAGACAUGCCUUCAUCUUCAUGGUAUCUUUCCUUACCUGUAUGUACCAUAUGAUGGGUGUGGCCAGCAAAACACUGAUCGUUUCCUUCGCCAGGUGGCAUUCAGCAUUGACCGAGCACUUAAUGUGGCUUUAGGCAAUCCAUCUGCCAAUGCACAGCAUGUUUUUAAAAUUACAGUGGUGUCUGGAAUACCUUUUUAUGGGUACAAUGAAAAGGAAAGACAGUACAUGAAGAUUUAUCUUUACAAUCCAGCCAUGGUGAAACGAGUGAGUGAACUGCUGCAAGGUGGCGCUGUAAUGAAUAAAUGUUACCAGCCUCAUGAGGCCCAUGUCCCCUACCUUCUACAGCUCUUCAUAGACUAUAAUUUAUAUGGGAUGAACCUGAUAAAUCUCGCUGCUGUGAAGUUCAGACGGGCUCGGAGAAAAGGGGAAGGGUUACAAGUCUUGAAAGUUCAUGAAGAUCCCACUCAAGGAAGCUCCCUUUUGGCCACCUUUGCUCAGUGGGAAAUAGAUGACAUCCCCAGCUCUUUACUACUGGAGGGAGUAGAACCACAGAGCACAUGUGAGUUAGAAGUUGAUGCUGUAGCUGCUGAUAUACUGAAUCGUCAGGAAAUUGAGGCUCAGAUAGGGAAAAAUCCUGGUUUGCAAGCAAUAUGGGAAGAUGAGAAACAGCGUCGUAGAGAGAAGAAACAGUCUUCGCAAAUCGGUGCACCGGAAUCACAAGAUCGUGGGUUUUUGGCUAUGACAGAAAGUGAAAGAAUGUUUCAGAAGAGACUAAAGGAAAUCCUUAAACAAAAUGACUUCUCAGUGUCCCUCUCUAACUCUAUGAACUACAGCAGCCUGUCUGAUGAGUUCUCUGUGGAACUGACAUUACAUUCACAGUUGGAGACAGCAGAGGCCAUUUCUUGUACUCCAGCUAAUAUGGUAGAGGUGCACAGGGACCAGCGGGAAAAAUCUGAGCUGUGUGAAGAUGAGGGUCGUGCAGAUGCAGUCAUUGACGAAGAAGCCAUUUUAAAUAUUAUGGAAACAAGUCAGUGCUUCCAGCCUGUGUCUCAGAGGUUAAGUCAGUCUCCACUUUUUUUCAAUAGCAGUCAAGAUAAAGCCAUGGUGAAUUUGCUUGCUGGCCUAGAAGAUGACGGCUAUCAAAUGAACCGGUCCAAGUGCUUAUCACAAAAUACUUUCUCCUCAAGGCACAGUACAAUGCAGAACAGUGAUGAUGAGGAAAAUGAGCCCCAGGUGGAGAAAGAGGAGAUGGAACUUAGCAUGUUAAUGUCUCAAAGAUGGGACAGCAACUCUGAAGAACAUGAUGCUAAGAGAAAUCUUGUUAAGAACAUUGAUGGCACCUCAUCUGAAGAAGACUCAUCGGGCAGUGAAAUGGAGUGGAGUAGUAACAAGUUGCUUCUAGCAAAUCUUUCUAUACCUCAGUUAGAUGGCACAGCAGAUGAGAACAGUGACAACGCAUUGAAUAAUGAAAGCACUCUAACCCACACUUCUGUCAUUGCAAAGAGCAAGUUGUCAAUUAAGCCCUCCAUCUUUCACAAAGAUGCUGCUUCAUUGGAACCACAGUCUUCUGCCAAAACUGCAUUCCAGUGUCAGCAAACAAGUGCCCUUUCAUCCAAUCAUGUGCUGAAAAAAGAGGGAUUAAUAGAAGAGUUUACCCAGUCACCUGUGGAAAAGGGAGCUGAACUUUCUGUCCAUUCAUUAACAAAUGAUAGCACUUACAGUCUAAAAUAUCCAGCACCUUUUAACAAUACAGCUCAUUCAGAAAUUUUUCAUAAAGAGGGAGACAUGAAUGAAAUCGUCUCUAUUUCAGCCAGUGACAAGAAUGUCUAUGAGGAUGGAAUCUCCUCAAUGAAUAGACAUCUGCAGUGCAGGAAAUUCACCAGCAUUCGAAAAGAUAAAGAUGCCUCUUUCUUGCACAUAAACUGGCACAGCACAGAUGUAACAUUAGAUAGAACUUCACGAAAUUUUACUGAGUUAAGCAACAGCAAAACUAAAAGGACUGCAGACACAAGUGACAAAUGUAACAUUGCCCCAAACAACGUAAUUCAUGCAGCCUUAGAUGGAAAUUGUGGUGACCGGAAUUCAUGCGUUGAUGGCAGUAGAAUCACUGUUCACCCUGUGGAUAGUGAUUUUAAUGAAGGAAGCCUUAAUAAAAUGAAGAUGCGAUAUGAAGAAUUUCAGGAACACAAAGCAGAAGUUACCAGUAUUAACCAGCAGGCGACACAUUACAAUUUUUUUCCCAGCGUUGUCCUAUCUAACUGUUUGAACCGACCACAGAAGGCUGCCCCAAUGGCUUGUGUGCUUAAGCAGCCUAAAAAGCAUUCACGGCUAAAGCUUGCUAAAAAAUCAAAAGCUACAGUAAGCAAAGAAUCGGCAAAUAUAAAAAGAGAAGGGGACCACCAAGAAUGUAUAGGACUUGACAGACAAAUCGAUAUUGGUCUAGAACAACAUACAGUUAAAAAUGAAAAAGUGGACUGUCCAGAUUCUCCGAGCACUACAAAUGCAAAUGACAUAGACUUGGUUAAAGACCGCAGUUAUGCCCCAGGUAAUGCUUGUAGCAAAAGUCCUCCUGAUGUUGACAGGGUACCAUCUUGUGACAUGGCUGUCAUAAUGGAUGGUGGUGCACUUCAAGGGAACACAUGUGAAGUGAGUAGUUAUGAAUGUUCAUUUGAGGAGCAGAAUGCUGAUUUAGACCCAUCUUUAGCACUUUAUGGUAAUAAAUACACUUUAAGAACAAAACGGAAAGUCAAUUUUGAAAGUGACGAUGGCGAUUCAAACAUGGCAGUAAAUGACUUAAAAGUUAAUCUACCUCAACCGACUGAAGCCAAUGAAUAUGUAGUAAUGUCUCAAAAAUCACGCAAGCGCAGAAAGGUUUCCAAACUACCACCAGUUAUUAUAAAAUAUAUAAUUAUCAACCGCUUCAAAGGCAGGAAAAAUAUGAAAGUUAAAUUACAAAAAAUAGAUCAUGUUGAACAGCAAGUAACACUAACAGAUGAGAAAAUUCAAUUGUAUAGUGCAAUGGCACCUUUAAAAGAUUUCUGGCCAAAAGUGCCAGACUCUCCUGCAACCAAAUACCCAGCAAAUCCAGUCACACCAAAGAAAAACAGUAAAAAGAAAACUAAGCCAAAAUCUGGCAAAAAGAAAACUGGGAAAGUUCCAAAGAGUGAGAGUAAGGUUCUAAAGCAAUCCCUACCUCUGAGGAGAAAAAGGUAUCAUACUUUCCUUACGCCCCCAAUGCCAACAUAUAUUGAUGAAGCAAAGGAUUGUGAUAAAGAGUACAAGGAUGUCAUGUCAAAACUUGGCUUUCUUACAGAACGAAGUCCUAGCCCAAUAAAUAUGUCUCCUCCACGUUGUUGGUCACCUUCAGAUCCAAAAGCUGAAGAAAUUAUAGCAAGUCAGGUUGAAGAGAGUCCUCUCUUUAAAACGUAUCCCUUAAGUAGUGGUAAAAGAGAAAAUGUUUCUUCAAAAAAAAGACCACGUAAGCCACAAACUACGAAGUCUAGAAAAAAACUAGCAAUAAGCUCUCAAGCAGCCAAACAAGGAAGCAAAAUCAACCAGAAUGAGUUGAGCAAAGAUGGAAAAAGACAGAUGGGAAAACCUAGGCAAAAAAAAAGUGAAAAGGCUCCAAGAAAACACACAAAAAUUAAAGACUGGAACAAAAGAGUAAAUUGUGAAACUUUGGCAUUAGCGCCUCCAUUACAAGAGCAACCAGUAACUCCUAUAGAUGAUGAUGAUAAAUCAAACUAUUCCCAGCCAUCAGAGAUUUCUCCGUCUGGAUUUUCAACAGGACAUGUUUAUUCAACACAGUUGUCAUCCUGCAUCACACAGGAAGACUCACCUGACAACAAACCCUUGCUCAGUUGCUCCUCUUUGUUCACUCUUUCUCAGAGUUCUGCUGUUCAAAAGGAGUCCAAGUCUAUAUCAGUGCCUCUGCCACCAAAUGCAAACACAGAGCCAUUCAAAAUAAAUACCUUGGGAUCACAAUUAUCUAAUGUAUUUCAAGUAAAGGAAUCAAAUACAACUCAAAAUGCAAUUCCAAAAUCGUUUAGUCGCACAUCUCAGGUAAUACAGAGUGCACAAUUCAUUCUGAAUUCUCCUUUUGUUCAAGAAGAUCCCACAGAAGUGCAGAAAAGGCUUUUAGCAUCCGUGGGGAAAUUGCGAGACACCCAAAAUGUUCCAGACACAAUGCCUUUUGAGAAGUUGCAGUCAAAGCUUUUACCUUGCACGAUGAACAGCCAGCAACCGCUAACAAGUCUACAGGACUCAACUAAACAGAGCGAUUCAAGUUCCCCAGAAAGUCAAUUUUCAAAAAGUUCUUUGGUGACAUCAUUAAAAGGUCCCAUAAAAAUUCCUUGGAAAGAAAAAGGAGAAUUGUUUGAUGGAACAGAAUUUACUUCUCAGAAGCUGAGUCAGAAUUUUUUACCGAAUAUUUUCUCUGGAACUAAAACCCUACAGAAUUCUACAAAGACAGGCUCUUCUCAAGGAAUUUUGGAUUUACAGUCUGGAAUUGCUGUUUUAAAGGAAUUACUCUACAAAAAGCAACAGAAAGUAACCUCAGAAGUAUCCCAUAUUAACCCUAAAAGCAGUCCGUCUAAUCAAACAGAACCAAAGUGCGUAAAUAUAAAAUCUUUGUCUGCAACACCUAAUAAAAAGCCAAGGGCCCCACGAAGCACAAAAUCGAAAGCAGUGAAGAAUUUGAAAAUGGACUUUGUUAAAUAUCAGAGUGACCAUCAAAUGAAAAUCUCAACCUCUGAAGGCAGCCCGGGAAUCUUUUCUGACCCUGAUUUUGAAAGUUGCUAUUCUCUUGAGGACAGUUUAUCUCCUGAGCAUGCCUACUUUGAUAUAAAUUCUGUAGGGCUUUGCAGUUCAUAUGCAGGCAGUCAGUUUAUUUCAGCAGACCAACAUUUGCCACAAAAGUUUCUGAGUGACCCUGUACCUAGCCAAGCUAUAGAUCAAGACUGUAUAAAACAUGAAAACCAAGAAACUGAGAAAAACGUCCAUUCGUUGGACCGGAAAAUGUUGAUCAGACCUAGCUCUCUUAGUCCAGAUUUGUUUGAAAAAUCUUCUGUAGGUAUAAAAAUGAGUAACCCCUUUAGCCAUUGGAACAAUGGAUUUCCUACUCAGAAAUUUCACAAUGCAUCUUCAACAGCAUUUACCCAGCAGUCGGAAACGUCAGAUAGUAUUAAACUUAAAAUAAGUAAACCGGGACUACUGAAAGAGGCCUCAUUCAUUGCACCUCGGUCCGAAUGGGUUCAUACAGAAAUGCAUACUCAAAUUAAAGAGUCAACAACUCAAAUUAAAGAGUCAAUGCCUGAUACCUGUAGUCAACCUAACUCUAAUUCUUCUUUUACUGGACUUGCGUCCUCUCCUGAAAUUGAUUUUAUUGAUGGAGACUUAGACUUGUUUAUUUCAAGACACAGUGAUGGACUAAUUGCAACUCCAUAUAGUUCACCAAGAUCUAUUUGUUCUCCCUCCCAGUCCAAGAAUGGAAGUGCCACACCUCGACCAGUUCACAUUUUAAAACCUUUGAUGUCUCCACCUAGCCGUGAAGAAAUAAUGGCAACUCUUCUUGACCAUGAUCUCAUGGAAAUAAUUUACCAAGAACCAUUUUUUAGCAAUCCUUCUGAUGCACCAGAGAAGCCAAAGGAAGUGGGAGGAAAAAUGUUGACAGUCGGGACAAAACUAGCACACGAUCUUCCCGAAUUUGAAGGAGACUUUACAAUGGAAGGUCUGAAGCUGUGGAAGACUGCUUUCUCUGCAAUGACACAAAACCCUAAGCCAAUAUCUCCUGUUCAAUUUAAUAGACAAGUCACUGAGACUAACAAGAUGAAUCCUGAUGGUGAUAAAAAGUUGGUGAUCAUGCCUUGUAAGAGUGCUCCUCCUCCUCAGAAAGUUCAGUUGUGGUUUCAGGCCAAAGAGCUUUACGAGUCUUCUAAGACAUCAGACACCGCUCCAUUAAACCAAGUUACAAAUGAAAAUAAGAAGAUAACUGUAGUACCUAGAGGUUGUAACAGCUUGCCUCCAAGGGAAAUUAAUAUUUUAUUGGCACAGCCUGCUAGUUUAGAAGAUCAACCUGUUGGUGAAGAAAAUGUAAAGGAUUGUAUAGCUAGCCCUCCGCCUUCUAUUCAUGGUUCUGAUGGGGAGGAUGUAGAAGGGGGAAUUGAUGUGACUGCUGAAGGUGUAAUUGAAUCCCCUGAAGGGACUACUGUGAAUGAUGGAUGUAUUAUGCCUAAUUCCUCACCAUUGACACCUUGGCAGAAUCUUGAUCGUAAGCCGUCUCCUAGAACUGAUCAUAACUGUGCAGAUAAAUAUAAUUCAUCCUCCCCAAUUGAAGAACGUGGGAGCAAAGACCGUAAAAAGAGUCUGAAAACUGUCAAAAGUGAAGUCCAAACAUUAUCAACUCCAUCUCCUCCUCUGUUUAAACAAAAGAAGCACAAAUCUAAACGUGCGUGUUUUCACAGUACACCAGUGACUGAAAGAAGGAAUGUAUCUCCUGAUGCGAUACCACUUACCCCUGUGACCACCGAAGUGCUUUCCCCAAAAAUGAGUCAGAGAAGAGGAGCAAACCCUGAUAAACUUCGGAGAGUACUACUAACCACUCAGAUGAAGAAUCAAUUUGCAGCUUUGGGUAACGUGAAGAAAGAAACGUCUCAGAUUGAGGGGCCUUCUCUGAAUAACUCCUACGGCUUCAAAGUCGGUUCUCACAAUCUUCAAGAUGCAAAGGCCUUACACGAGGUAUUCACCCUGACUAUUAUGUGCAUGGAGCUCCACGCAAGAACGCGACGAGACUUGGAACCAGACCCUGAAUUUGACCCAAUCUGCGCUGUGUUUUACUGUUCUUCUUCUGACUCCCCACUGCCCCAAAGUGACAAAACACAGACUACUGGUGCAAUCGUCCAUCAGUAGCAGAAGCCAGGCCCCGUUGUUCACCCAGGUCUGGCCAUCACAGGCUUCCAGAUCACAUAUGCUUCUGAUGAAAAGGAUCUGUUUGAAAAACUUUUAAGUCUGAUCAGAAGGUAUGAUCCAGAUAUCCUUCUAGGAUAUGAAGUUCAAAUGCACUCCUGGGGUUACCUCCUACAGAGGGCCUCAGCCCUCAAUGUGGAUCUUUGCCAGCAGAUUUCCAGGAUACCUGAAGACAAAAAUGAAAAUCGGUUUACGGCCGAUAAGGAUGAGUAUGGCGCAGACACAAUGAGCGAAAUUAAUGUAGUAGGCCGAAUUGUAUUGAAUGUUUGGAGGAUGAUGAAAACAGAGGUGGCUCUAACUAAUUACACUUUUGAAAAUGUGGCCUUCCAUAUCCUUCACCAGAGGUUCCCUCUCUUUACCUUUCGAACAUUAUCCGAUUGGUUUGAUCAUAAAACAGAUGUUUACAGAUGGCGGAUGACAGAGCAUUACAUGAGCAGGGUUUAUGGGAUUCUCCAGUUAUUGGAGCAUUUGGACUUAAUUGGAAGAACCAGUGAAUUGGCAAGACUGUUUGGCAUUCAGUUUUUACAUGUUUUAACCAGAGGAUCACAGUACCGAGUAGAGUCAGUGAUGCUGCGUAUUGCUAAGCCAAUGAAUUACAUCCCUGUAACGCCCAGUAUCCAGCAACGUGCUCAGAUGAGAGCCCCUCAAUGUAUCCCACUUGUAAUGGAGCCGGAGUCAAAAUUCUACAGCAACUCUAUUUUGGUUCUAGAUUUCCAGUCCUUGUAUCCCUCCAUAGUGAUUGCAUACAACUACUGCUACUCUACAUGCCUGGGGAACAUGGAGAACCUGGGAAAGUGUGAAGACUUCAAAUUUGGAUGCACAUCUUUGUGUGUUCCUCCAGACCUGUUGCAUCAGCUUCGACAUGAUAUCACAAUAUCACCUAAUGGGAUUGCUUUUGUAAAGGCCUCUGUCAGAAAAGGGGUGCUGCCACGAAUGCUUGAGGAUAUUUUGAACACAAGGAUAAUGGUAAAACAAUCCAUGAAAGAAUACAAACAUGACAAAGGCCUUACACGAAUGCUUGAUGCACGUCAACUUGGUCUAAAAUUAAUAGCGAAUGUAACAUUUGGCUACACCGCUGCCAACUUCUCUGGAAGAAUGCCAUGUGUGGAGGUUGGAGACAGUAUUGUCCACAAAGCUCGGGAGACCUUGGAGCGUGCUAUAAAGCUUGUCAACGGCACUAAGAAGUGGGGAGCCAGAGUGGUGUAUGGUGACACUGACAGCAUGUUUGUGCUGCUAAAAGGGGCUACCAAAGAACAGUCCUUCAAGAUUGGUCAAGAAAUUGCUGAAGCAGUCACUGCCACAAAUCCAAAACCAGUCAAACUAAAGUUUGAGAAGGUUUAUCUCCCAUGUGUUUUACAAACCAAGAAAAGGUAUGUGGGUUAUAUGUAUGAAACGCUUGAUCAGAAGGAUCCUGUCUUUGAUGCAAAAGGCAUAGAGACUGUACGAAGGGAUGCAUGUCCUGCUGUUGGUAAGGUACUUGAACGUUCAAUUAAGCUACUUUUUGAAACCCGAGAUAUAAGUCAGAUCAAACAGUAUGUGCAGAGACAGUGCAUGAAGCUUCUGGAAGGGAAAGCCAGCAUGCAGGAUCUUAUCUUUGCCAAGGAGUAUAGAGGAAGUUUUGCUUACAGACCUGGAGCCUGUGUGCCAGCACUGGAACUAACAAGAAAAAUGGUAACAUAUGAUCGUCGUUCUGAGCCACGUGUUGGAGAAAGGGUGCCAUAUGUGAUAGUGUAUGGGACGCCUGGAGUACCCCUUAUCCAGCUUGUAAGGCGACCCAUUGAUGUCCUGCAAGAUCACAAUUUGAGAUUAAAUGCAACCUACUACAUCACCAAACAGAUAAUGCCACCACUAAACAGGAUCUUUUCGCUCAUUGGUGUGGAUGUCUUCAGUUGGUAUGAUGAAUUACCAAGGAUUCAGAAAGCUUGCUCAACGGCACGGAAUGAGCUGGAUUCUAGAAAAGGCACAAUUUCUCAGUAUUUCACUACUCUGCAUUGUCCUGUCUGUGAUGAGCUAACACAACAUGGGAUCUGCUGUAAAUGCAGAAGUCAACCUCAACAUGUAGCAGUAAUUCUUAAUCAAGAAAUUCGAGAGCUGGAGUAUAGGCAAGAUCAACUGGUCAAGUUAUGCAAGAAUUGCACAGGCUGCAGGGAUCAGCAGAUUCAGUGUGUGUCCCUCAACUGUCCAGUACUUUUCAAGCUUUCCAGAGUGAGUCGGGAACUCUCCAAGGCUCCAUAUCUACGUCAGCUCCUCGACCAGUUUUAAAUUGUGCCAGGAGGUGACCGGUGCUAUAUCGCCUAUGUGUUUAUCACACUACAGACUAUUGUGCAUGGUGCUGUUUUUUUUUCAUUGUUUCAUAAUUUUUAUGAUUUUGUUUAUUGACUAUAAUUCAAGGUAACACUCAUUUCCAUCCAUGCUGGGGUUAACCUAUGUAUUGCUAUCUUUAUACAAUGUACAAAGUAUUUUUUUCCUUUGUUUUAACUUUGUAACAUACAUUUUUAUACUCAAGGUGUUUGAAGUAGCUAGAGGAAUCAGUGUGUAAAUGCAUUUCUUACUACAGGCUUUGGUUACUUCCAAGCACACAGCUUAGGAAGGGGCACGGAAAUCUGAUCAGCAGAAUGCUCGCCUCUCUCGAUACAUCAGUAUCGGACCUCGGUUCAAUUCUAGAGCACCCAUAUAAUUUCUAAGUUUAAGUGCAAAAUAUUUUGUAAAUAGACCUUUUUUACUUUUGAAACAACUGAGUAAAAUAAUGUGCAAUGGGAUUUUAUACAGUCAGGCAGUGUAUGUCCUCCAUGUUCUGCUCCACUUGUAAAACAUCUUUUUGUUACUUUGAUCAGAGUGUGCAAAUUGUAUUUCUGUGUAGCAUUUCUGACGUCACUUUAAAAAAAAAAAUCAAAAAAGGAAAAAAUAUAUUGCUGUCUUGCUUUAGCUGUUUAUUGGGGCAUUGUGAGGAACUGUGCAAAGACAUUUUUUGUUAUAAAACUGUGGGACUGUUGCAAUACUUUAAAUAUAAGAUUUAUUCCAUUUUGCUUGUUUUGUAUAGACAUUUCUAUGGUUUCUAAAUAUGCUUAAAAUAUUUUUUCUUUCCUUAUGUACAGUUAAAUCUUAUUUGCCAUCAUCCUGAACACAGCAUUGUAUUUAGAAUAUUUGUAUAACUGUAUAAAAUGAAAAAAGGAAUUAUGUGGUCAAUGUAUUGUUUUCUAAACUGGAAAUUGUUUGAAAAAUUUAAAUGAAAACAAUAUUAAACAUGAAUAAAAUAUUGA